AUGAAUAAUGAAAUUCAAUCAUUUUUUGACAUAAAAGACCAUUAAAAGAUUAAGAUUUGGAAUAAGUUCUGCAAAACCUAAUAUAAAGUAUAUAUUAACAAUAUUUUAGAAUGACAUCAUAGAGUAUGAGGGCCAAUGUUGUCGAGUAAGCAAAACUAAUAAAUAAUUAAAAUCAUUUAGUAUUUAAAUUGGUCAGGAAACUUUAUAUGCCUUCAAAAACAAUCAGCCUUAGGGUAUGCUGCUACUCUCUGUUGUAGUAUUAUUAUAUAAAAGAUAUGAUGAUAAAGAAAUUGUUAGACUAAAAAAAAAUGGCUAGUAUGUGGACAUUUAUAAUGAUAAUUACAAACAGUUAAGAGAUGUUCUAAUUUCAAAGUGUAUAAUAACAACUUUUCAUAAUGAUUUUAAAGUUAUCAAGAUGAUAGGAAAGGGAACCUUUGCCAGUGUAUAUUUGGCAGUAAGAAAUGUUAAUGGAGUUCAGUAUGCUGUAAAAGCUUUCAGCAAGCAAUAUAUCAAUUAAUAAUUUAGAGGAAGAGAGGGACUUGAAAAUGAGAUCAGAGUCAUGCGAAGAUUGAAAUAGAAGAAUAUUCUCCAUUUGCAUGAAGUACAUGAAACUCAGCAUUCAAUAUAUUUUAUAUUAGAUUUAUUAGAAGGAGGAGAAUUAUUUAAUAGAUUCUAAACUACGAUUUAUUCAGCUUUGAGAAUUCAACAAUUAAUGUACAACAUUUUAAAAGCACUCUCUCAUAUGCAUUCUAAAUAAUGCAUGCAUAGAGACCUUAAACCUGAGAAUUUGUUACUUAAAAGCAAAGAUAAUGAUACUGACAUUGUCAUAGCCGAUUUAGGCCUAGCACAUAUUAUGGAUUAAUAACCACUUUACAAAAGAUGUGGGACUCCUGGAUUUGUGGCUCCUGAGAUUUUGAAUUACAAUGAUUAGACUCCCUUUUACAAUGAGAAGUGUGAUAUUUUUAGUGCAGGAGUGAUAUUUUAUUUUAUGGUUACAGGCCUUAAUCCUUUUAGUGGAUAAAAUUAUAAGGAAAUAUUAAAAUCAAAUUAGGAAUGCAAAAUAAAUUUUGAUAUAAAAUCAUUAAAAAAAGUAGAUGAUUUUGUUAUUAUUUUCAGGGACCUUAGAAUUUGAGGAGGUUAAUGAAGAAAAUGUUAAAGGCUGAUCCAGCAGACAGAUAUACUGCAGAGGAAUGUUUAAAGCAUCAAUACUUUUAAGAAAUGUUACAAUCAAAUGAUUAAACAGAUAAAUUUGGGUUAGAAUAAGAAGCUGAAUUUCAGACCCAAUUAUAAAUAUAGAAGUAUUUUAAUUUACAAAUUUUAGUUCUGAAGAUAAUUAAGGGGGAUCGAUGUAAUUGAUGACCAAAUUAUCUCAAUGGAAUGGCGAAACCUAAACUGUAGGUUCAUUGUCUAAUUGUUCUAAUAAUAGUUCUGCUAAUAGUCCUAAUAAAUCAGAUAAAUAAUAGAGUAACCCAUCUAAGUUCAGUUAAUUCUGUAAUUAAAUGAAAUAAGAAGGAUUACUUUAAAAUAAUCUAAAUUCUCAAAAGAAGAAAAAGAAUCAUGAUCUUCACAAAUUCGCAUUAAGAAAUAGUUAUUAUUAAAAGUAGGGUAGUAAAGAUGAUUAAUAUGCCAUAGAAGAUGAAUAAAUAAGUAUAAGUAAACAAUUAUCGUAAUUAAAUGAAUAAAAACCAAAAAUGGGUUUUAUAAAGAAGAGUCAAUCUUUGGAUGUGGAUUGA